AUGGAUGUAAGACAGUUAAAGGAAUCAUGUAAAGCAUCUUCAUGUGAUACAGCUCUAUAUAAAAGUAUCCAUAAAAGGCAACUUGUUGUUCCAAGAGAAAAUUUCUUAGGACUCAAAAUAUUUCGUUGUAAUUACUGCGGCAAAGCUUUUGGGUCCAAUUCGGCUUUACGAAUUCAUUCGCUGAUUCAUACAGGUGAAAAACCAUUUGUGUGUGACAUUUGUAACAAGGCCUUUAAUCAAAAAAGUAACUUGGUCAAGCAUUCUGCAAUUCAUGUUGGCAUAAAAGAAUUUUCUUGUCAAUAUUGUGGAAAAGUGUUCACUCAGAAAGAUACAUUAAGACUUCAUAUUGCAAAAUUUCAUGUCCUCAUAUCUCCAUCUGUGCAAGUCUACUCUGAUGAAUCUUCAAAUUUUAGCAUCACCAGUGAAAGAUAUAUCAGUAUUUCACAUAGUGCAAAGGAAUUAUCUCCAAAAACUUUUUGCUGUGAUAUUUGUGGUAAAGUAUUUACAGUGAAAACUCGCUUGAAAGUUCAUCGUCUUACGCAUACUGGUGAAAAACCUUUCGUUUGUCAAUUUUGUGGAAGAAAAUUUACUCAGAAAGGAAAUCUGAAAACCCAUUUAUCUCUUCAUACGGGAGAAAAAAAAUUUAACUGCUGCUAUUGUAGGAAGUCAUUUAAUCGUAAAGAUAGCUUGGUGCUACAUAUACAUCAAGAUCAUAAAGAAAUCAGCAAAAUUGGAUGA